CAGCUUACUCAGAGACUGCCUUCUGGGGGUUUCGCCUUCGUCAGCAGCCUAGACCUGGCCAACCCUCUGACUGUAAAGACAGUUCGGGAAGCAGGCAGGGAGCAGAGAUAGACAAGCGUCUGCUCUCCGAGGGUCAGACACAUCGGGAAUACAUCGCUGAUAUUGUUACCCGAAUCAGUCGCAAAUCGCCAAGGCUUUCUGUGUGUCGCUGGCUCGCCAUUUUCAGAGGUGGAGGAAGGAUUUAAGGGGGAGGGAAUCUAUUAAACAAGAGAAGUGUUGUUUCGGCAAACAAAGGACAGCACACAGAAGUGAGACACAGAGAGAGUGUGGCUUUAGCUUCGUUUCCAGUUCUCACGGAGUGAAACGCCGCGUAAGUGUUCUAUUCCGCUUUAUCAUUAUGGCACGGGACCAUGGAAUAUCAUAGAGAAAUGGCUCAGGAGACAAACCAGACUCCAGGACCCAUGCUGUGCAAUACAGGAUGUGGUUUUUAUGGGAAUCCUAGAACAAAUGGAAUGUGCUCCGUUUGCUAUAAAGAACACCUUCAAAGACAGAACAGUGGCAGAAUCAGUCCAAUGGGGGCAGCCAGUGGUUCAAAUAGUCCGUCUGCAGAAUCUGCAUCUGUACAGAGAGUAGAAACUUCCUUGAACUGUGAAGGUGCUGUAGGUGGCCUCUCUGAUAAAUCAAGAAAUACACCCUUGGCUGCAUUGCCUGUAACCCAGCAAAUGACAGAAAUGAGCAUUUCAAGAGAAGACCAUGUUGCCUCCCCCAAAACAGAAACGUCUGAGCCGGUUGUGACUCAGCCAAGCCCUUCGGUAUCCCAACCCAGUACUUCUCUGGAUGAGGAAAAGGCACCAGAGCUUCCAAAGCCAAAGAAAAACAGAUGUUUUAUGUGCCGGAAGAAGAUUGGCCUCACAGGUUUUGACUGCCGUUGUGGGAAUCUCUUCUGUGGACUUCAUCGUUAUUCAGACAAGCACAACUGUCCGUAUGAUUACAAAGCAGAGGCUGCUGCAAAAAUAAGAAAAGAAAACCCCGUUGUGGUGGCAGAAAAAAUACAGAGAAUAUAAACAAUGAUACAUUUUGUGAAGACAGACUUCUAUUUUUUUCUGGGUUUCUGAUUUUAAAAUAUCCUAGGGAAUAUGAAAGAGCAGAUGCAUGUCCAUUUUUUUUUCCUUCUGAUGUUAUCCUCAGUUUCUUUUUGUGAUGUUUCUCUUCCUCUCCCCACCCCCAUCUUAUCUUGAACUUAAAGAAUGUUUGGGUGUUUGUUACAGACAAAAUUGGAUGAAUACAUACAGCCCUUUUCCAACAGAAGCACCUGGGCCCAAAAUCCGUGGAUUGUCGUCAUUGGACUAAGCUUUACAAUUCUUGCAUAUCUGGUGUUCUGUUAACAAGCGAAUGUGCCAAAAAACUGUAGGCUUCCAUCCUGCAUGCCUUCACCUGAUCCUCGGCUUGUAGAAAUAGAUUUGGCAGCUGGCUUAUCCUGGUCUAAUACAGCAGGAUAAAACAGAUAAUGCACCUUCUCCCAUGUCCUAGAUUACUCUGAAAUUAACUGUACUGGAUAUGAACUGUAUCAGACUGUAUUGCAGUAGGAUGUUCCUGUUCUAGUCAUUUCAAAAACUGCUUUGCAAAACUCUUUGCAUGCUGUAGAAGAAUUCAGGUGACAGCCGGCCUUUACAUUUUCUGAAUAGCAGAACUUUGAAUUGGUCCAAACCAUAGCACUGCCAAGAAACAGUCCAGCAACUGCACCAAGUAAAUAAAUAGGAUCCUUAAUACAUGUGGUGUCAUUAAGCUUCUCCAGCCGUUCCUCAGCUGCUGCUUUGAAACUGAACUUUGUGGCAUUUUUGGGGGGCCUAUAAACAAUAUGCAAUAUUUCACUGAAAUAAUGACUGCCCUUUUCCCACCUGUUUAGUGUCCUGUGACACUAAGGUUAAUCGUGCCGUUAGCUUUCUUUUUUUUUAUAGUUCUUGUGAGGUUUAUGAGCUUCACACAUAUUUGCACAAGGAAUAUGUUGUCAUUUUUGGGUAGCUUGUGUGCAGUAACUAUACUAGUCCAUGCAUUGUGCAGGGGUUUUAUCUGUGCCACAAGUGCAAUAUUCUCCACCAUUAAAGAAUAAGGAUACCUUAAAGGGCAAGUCAACACCAAAAUAAAAAUUUGCCCAAUAAAAAAAACAUAAUUCUAAGCAACUUUCUAAUAUACAUUCAUUACAAA